UAGUAGUUGUUAACAAUCUUGUUCAUUAAACAUAUAUUCAGUGGAAUGGGAAUGUGUUAUAAAUACUUUGACAAUAUAUAUUUUUAUUACUUUGUAUAAAUAUAUUAAAGAAAGUCAACGUUUCAUACUUUAAUUUGUUGAUAACGGAUAUUAAAACCAGGGAUAUUUAUCAAAUAUUGUCAAUAUUGAUUAUAAUUAUUUUUGCGACACGGAAGAUUUACAAGACCGUCGAGUGUUUGAUUAAUCGAAGUCUGAAUAAAGAACUUUGGUCUAUAGUUUCUUCUUAUUCGAAAAAAAAAAGAAAAAAAAAAAGGAAUUGACUGCAAAAAUGUAUUUUGGAUUUGAUGCUUGAUAUAUAUAUCAUUAUGUGACUUUUUCUCAGUUUGUUGCAAGGAUAAAAUGAUGGGAUCGGAGAGUGUUCAAAUUAAUCGAACUGAACAUAAGGCAACAUUUCUGGAAAUACAAGCGAGAAAUCGGAGGCUUGCUGAUAUCAGAAGAGGACAAGCUUACUUUCAAAAGAUCGAUAGUUUAGCUGAACGACAAUGGAAUAAGAAUACUCCACAUGACAGUGCAGGCAGGCGUCAGAUUGUAACUAUUAGACCGCUAACUGAUACACAAAAUACUAAGUCACAAAACAGACAAUUAAUGCUCAAUAAUGGGUUUGAGAAAAAACGCAUCCAUUCUGAAAGACCAAGAGGUUCAGAACGCAUAGUUGAAGAAGAGUUGUUCCUAGUCAAUUCAACAACUCCACGACAGAAAGUGCCACUUGACUCCAGAAAUCAUUCUCCAUAUUUUCGUAACGGACACGCCGAAAAGAUAAGUGAAAGAUUGGGUAUUUUUAAUCAAUGGGGAUCUGGUGUUCAUCCAUUGGAUGAAAAGGUUACUUUAACUAGUAACGAUAUGAUGCCUCAAUUUGAACCAUUUCGCUUUCGUGACAGUGUAAAGCAUGUUCAUAAACCAACACCCAAGCAGUAUAUGCCGAUGAGUCGAGUUGCCCAUGAGAAAGAUCGUCAAAUCAAAGUGCAUACAAACUUUCUGUCCAGGAACGGAAUAGUUAAUAUAAAUCCCGAACUAGAACAAUGGCCGGAGAUGGAUGCCGAAUCACGACAAAAAUCUUUUAUGCGUGACCCAGAACUUCUUCAAAGGGAAAAGACAACAGCUUUUAUGAACAGAUUGGACAAAAUGAUUGACCCGUUUAAGCAACAAACAGAUAAAAUGGAAUUAACUUCAAGCAACGAAGAGUGUGAAGGGUCCCCACCACCUUCAAUUUCUGACCUCACGGACGUCAAUACAAGUAACAAUGUGAGGUAUUCUAAAGGCAGACGAUCAGUUGCAGUCAUACAGAAACUUCCAUUGUAUCCAAAAUACAUCACACAACCACAAAAACCUCGACGGAAAAAUUUGACAUUUUCUAAACUUCUUUUUGAGCUUAAUAGACAGCCGAUGGGAGCUAGCAGAAAGUGUAAAAUAUGGGUGAAUAAUUUAGAAAGAAUUGAUCCAAAUACAUGUAAAACUUAACCUUGUCUCUGUAUAGAAGGAUAUGUUGGGCAUGUUGAUUGACUGUAAUUUUAAUCAUGUAAAAAAAGUUUGUUUUGCUAAAUAAAUGCAUAGACAAUUUACACAAUUAAAA